AUGGCAGAUGAUCGGAAAGAUGAAGCAAAGGCGCCUCACUGGACCUCAGCUCAACUUACAGAGGCAUCUGCCCAACCACACCCACCCGAGAUCAAAGAUCAAGGAGGGGCAGGGGGAGGACUUGUCAGAAGCACCAAUGGAUUCCCCUACAGGGAGGAUGAAGAGGGCGCCUUUGGAGAACAUGGGUCACAGGGCACCUACUCGAAUACCAAAGAGAACGGAAUCAACGGAGAGCUGACCUCAGCUGACAGAGAAACAGCAGAGGAGGUGUCUGCAAGGAUAGUUCAAGUAGUCACGGCAGAAGCUGUAGCAGUCCUGAAAGGUGAACAAGAGAAAGAAGCUCAGCCUAAAGAUCAACCUCCUGCUCUGCCUUUAGCAGCUGAAGAGACAGCUAAUCUGCCUCCUUCUCCACCCCCAUCACCAGCCUCCGAACAGACUGUCCCAGUGGAGGAAGGUUUACUUACAGCCUCGAAGAUGGAGUUUCAUGAUCAACAGGAAUUGACUCCCUCUCCAGCCGAGCCAGUAGACAAGAAGGAAAAGGAACCAGAGACAGAAAGUAAGCCUGGUGAAGACCUUAAACAUGCUGCCUUAGUUUCUCAGCUGGAAACAACUAAAACUUCCCCUGAUAAAAAGGACAUACAAGGCCCAGAAGAAGAAAAAGCACCUCCCACUCUGUUUGGGCACACUCUCGGUGCCAGCCUAGAAGAUACAAAACCCAAGACAGAACCAAGCCUAGUGGUACCUGAUAUUGGCCUUCCUACAGAGCCCACAGCUGCAAAAGAGCAGAAGGACUGGUUCAUCCAAAUGCCAACGGAAGCCAAAAAGGACGAGUGGGGUUUAGUUGCUCCCAUGUCUCCUGGCCCCCUAACACCCAUGAAGGAAAAAGAUGUACUUGAGGAUAUCCCAAAAUGGGAAGGGAAACAAUUUGAUUCUCCCAUGCCGAGUCCCUUUCAGGGUGGAAGCUUCACUCUUCCUUUUGACAUCUCAAAGACUGAAAUAGUUGCAGCAGCAUCACCCUUUGUUCCCUCCCUGUUACAGCCAGAUGACCAAAAAUCUCUGGAAGAAACUGGUAGCCCAGCAACUGCCAAAGAUAGUUCUAAAGUUGAAGAGCCCCAGAAGGAUCAACCUGACAAAAUAGCAGAAGCACCAGCCUCAGAGGCAGUUGCUGCACCCAAAGAUGCUCACGUUUCGAUUGUGGAAGAGUGUGUCCCAGAGAAAGUUUCAGAAGAAGAGAAAGGGAUGAUAAAGGAAGAAAGUGUGCAGAUAAAAGAGACUCCCACCCUCAGCGGACAGGAAUCUCUACUUGCUGAAAAGGAACCUCACCUAAAGCUUGAAGAAAAAACAACUAUUUCUGACAAAGAAGACAUGCCAAAAGAGAGUGAAUCCCCAAAAUUGACAGAUGAAGAAACAAAUAUCAUUCAUCCUUCCACAGAACACACUUACUCCAAAAAAGAAGAGAAGGGCCAGGAGCCUCCCACAGAUAUAGUAAAACAGGACUCAUUCCCUGUAAGUUUGGAGCAAGCAGUUACUGAUUCAGCCGUGACCACUCAGACACCGGAAAAAGUCAUGAUGGAACCAACUGCACUAAGUGAAAAGACUGCCACCCAGGAGCUCUUGGAGGAAAAAGUUGCUGACAAAGAUCAUGAGGUAGACGGAGUUGAAGCUGUAACAUCAGCUGAGCUCGACAUGGCAUUUUAUGAAGACAAGUCAGGAAUGUCCAAGUACUUUGAAACAUCCGCCUUGAAAGAAGAAGUGACCAAAAGCAUCCAGCCAGGCAGUGAUUACUAUGAACUAAGUGACACCAGAGAAAGUGCCCAAGAGGCUUUCGAUGCUGUAUCUCCCGUGCAUAAAGAUGGCGACAAGGCACUCCCAGAAGAAGAACCCCAGCCCAGGGCUCCAGCGCAAGAAGCAGGGUAUAGCACUCUCGCACAGAGUCAUCCGUCUGACUUACCAGAAGAACCCAGUUCUCCUCAAGAAAGAAUGUUCACUAUUGAUCCAAAAGUGUACGGAGAGAAAAGAGAUCUCCACAGUAAGAAUAAGGAUGAUCUGACGCUAAGCAGGAGUUUAGGACUUGGUGGUAGGUCUGCAAUAGAACAAAGAAGCAUGUCCAUCAAUUUGCCCAUGUCUUGCCUGGAUUCCAUAGCCCUUGGGUUUAACUUCGGUCGAGGGCAUGAUCUUUCUCCCCUGGCUUCUGACAUUCUCACCAACACUAGUGGAAGUAUGGAUGAAGGAGAUGAUUACCUUCCAGCCACAACACCUGCUGUGGACAAAGCCCCUUGCUUCCCAACCGAAAGCAAAGAAGAAAAAGAACAGGUAAAGGAAGAAAAAGAUACUGGGGAGGAAAAUGCCCGAGUCGAGACAUCAUGUGAGUCGCCUUUCCUAGCCAAAGAUUAUUACAAAAAUGGUACUGUCAUGGCCCCUGACUUGCCUGAAAUGCUAGACCUGGCAGGCACUCGGUCAAGAUUAGCUUCCGUGAGUGCAGACACUGAGGUUGCCAGGAGAAAAUCAGUCCCAUCGGAGACUGUGGUGGAGGAGAGUGGCACUGGCUUGCCCCCUGUCACUGAUGAAAACCACAUCAUCGUGAAAACCGACAGUCAACUCGAAGACCUGGGCUACUGUGUGUUCAAUAAAUACACAGUCCCCCUCCCAUCACCUGUUCAAGACAGUGAGAAUUUAUCUGGGGAGAGUGGUUCCUUUUAUGAAGGCACUGAUGAUAAAGCACGAAGAGAUUUGGCCACCGAUCUUUCAUUAAUUGAAGUCAAGCUGGCAGCUGCCGGAAGAGUAAAAGAUGAAGUCGGUGCUGAGAAGGAAGCAUCCCCACCUAUCUCUGGUGACAGAGCAGAACUGAGUAGGGAGUUGGAUCAGGAGAAGAAGGCGAAUGAUAAGCUGGAUACAGUCCUAGAGAAAAGUGAAGAACAUGCUGAUUCAAAAGAGCACACCAAGGAAACAGAAGAGGCUGGGGAUGAAGCCGAAACUCUUGGAUUAGAAGUGACCCAGGAGCAAGCUGCAGCCAGAGAACUGACAGUCUCUAAAGAUGCAUCACCUCUCGUGGCCGAGAAAGCAGAGGAAGGUCUCAGUUCAGUUCCAGAGGGAGCUGAGGUAGAACCAUCCAAAAAAGCUGAAGCAGAACUGGAUUUGGCUGAGAAGAAAGCCGAACAAGGUCAGUUAGAUAUUAAAAUCAGUGACUUUGGACAGAUGGCCUCAGGGCUACAUGUCGAUGCUGGAAGGGCAGCAGAGCUUAAACUUGAGGCUACCCAGGACCUCGCCCCCUCAGCCACAGCCCCUCAGGAGGUAGAUGCGUUUAUGGGUGUUGAGUCCAGCCACGUGAAAGAAGGCACCAAAGUUAGUGAAACAGAAGUCAAGGAGAAAGUGGCUAAGCCUGACUUGGUGCACCAGGAAGCUGUGGACAAGGAAGAAUCCUAUGAGUCCAGCGGUGAGCAUGAAAGCCUCACCAUGGAGUCCUUGAAAGCCGAUGAGGGCAAGAAGGAAACUUCCCCAGAAUCUUCUCUAAUUCAAGACGAGAUUGCCAUCAAAUUGUCUGUGGAAAUACCCUGUGCACCUGUGGUUUCAGAGACUGAUGUAGCCACAGAUGAGAGAGCUGAUGUCCAGAUGGAAUUUAUUCAGCUGCCAAAAGAAGAAAGCCAAGAGGCCCCGGAUAUUUCCAUCACGCCCUCCGAUGUUACCGAGCAGUUGCCUGAAGCCGCCAGAGCUGAACCAGCAGAGGCUCAGAGCGAGGAAGAAGAGAUCGAAGCCCGGGGAGAGUAUGACAAGCUACUCUUCCGCUCAGACACCCUUCAGAUCACUGACCUGGGUGCCCCAGGUGUCAGGGAGGAGUUUGUGGAGACCUGUCCCGGUGAGCACAAAGGAGUGAUUGAGUCUGUAGUAACCAUCGAGGACGACUUCAUCACCGUCGUGCAAACCACAACUGAUGAAGGGGAGUCAGGUUCCCACAGUGUGCGUUUUGCAGCCCUCGAGCAGCCUGAGGUGGAAAGGAGACCGUCACCCCAUGCUGGAGAAGAACUUGAACCAGAAGAGGCAGCUGAAGCCCAGGCUGAACCCAAGGAUGGUUCCCCAGAGGCUCCAGCUUCCCCUGAGAGAGAAGAGGUUGGACUCUCAGAAUAUAAGACAGAGACCUAUGAGGAUUACAAAGAUGAGACCACCAUUGAUGACUCCAUCAUGGAUGCUGACAGCCUCUGGGUGGACACUCAAGAUGAUGAUAGAAGCAUCAUGACAGAACAGUUAGAAACUAUCCCUAAAGAGGAGAAAACUGAAAAGGAAGCUCGGAGAUCAUCUCUUGAGAAACAUAGAAAAGAAAAGCCUUUUAAAACCGGGAGAGGCAGAAUUUCCACUCCUGAAAGAAAAAUAGCUAAAAAGGAACCUAGCACAGUCUCCAGAGAUGAAGUGAGAAGGAAAAAAGCAGUUUAUAAGAAGGCUGAACUUGCUAAAAAAACAGAAGUUCAGGCCCACUCUCCCUCCAGGAAAUUCAUUUUAAAACCUGCUAUCAAAUAUACUAGACCAACUCAUCUCUCCUGUGUUAAGCGGAAAACGACAGCAGCAGGUGCUGAAUCAGCUCAGGCUCCCAGUGUAUUUAAACAGGCAAAGGACAAAGUCUCUGAUGGAGUUACCAAGAGCCCAGAGAAGCGCUCUUCUCUGCCGAGACCUUCCUCCAUCCUUCCUCCUCGCCGAGGCGUAUCAGGAGACAGAGACGAAAACUCCUUCUCUCUCAACAGUUCUAUCUCCUCUUCUGCACGGCGGACCACUCGAUCAGAGCCAAUUCGCAGAGCAGGAAAAAGUGGCACUUCCACACCCACUACCCCUGGAUCAACGGCCAUCACUCCUGGCACCCCACCAAGCUAUUCUUCACGCACCCCAGGCACUCCUGGAACCCCUAGCUACCCCAGGACCCCUCACACACCAGGAACCCCCAAGUCGGCCAUCUUGGUUCCCAGUGAGAAGAAAGUCGCCAUUAUACGCACGCCUCCAAAAUCUCCUGCUACUCCCAAACAGCUUCGGCUUAUCAACCAACCACUGCCAGACCUGAAGAAUGUCAAAUCCAAAAUUGGAUCCACAGACAACAUCAAAUACCAGCCUAAAGGGGGCCAGGUUAGGAUUUUAAACAAGAAGAUCGAUUUUAGCAAGGUUCAGUCCAGAUGUGGUUCCAAGGAUAACAUCAAACAUUCUGCUGGGGGCGGAAAUGUACAGAUUGUCACCAAGAAGAUAGACCUAAGCCAUGUGACAUCCAAAUGUGGCUCUCUGAAGAACAUCCGCCACAGGCCAGGUGGUGGGCGUGUGAAAAUUGAAAGUGUGAAGCUAGAUUUCAAAGAAAAGGCCCAAGCUAAAGUCGGUUCUCUAGACAAUGCUCACCACGUUCCCGGAGGUGGUAAUGUCAAGAUUGACAGCCAAAAGUUGAACUUCAGAGAGCAUGCUAAGGCCCGUGUGGACCAUGGGGCUGAGAUCAUUACGCAAUCCCCAGGCAGAUCCAGUGUGGCUUCCCCCCGACGACUCAGCAACGUCUCCUCUUCUGGAAGCAUCAACCUGCUCGAAUCCCCCCAGCUUGCCACCCUGGCCGAGGAUGUCACUGCCGCACUCGCUAAACAGGGCUUGUGA